AUGGAGGAGGUGUUUCUGCAAUUUCAGUCCGUGCGGCCGCUACCCCGCGCUGCAGACAGAGGAGGGCUGCGUCUUCGAGUCCGUCGCCAUCCUGCGGCACAUCGCGCGUCUCGAUCCGGGCGGCGGCUUCCUGCAAGGCUGAACACUGCCAGAGAGCGGACGGGUGGAGUUGCAGGCAGUUCCUCUGGUGAGGCCGGUCGACCGGUUGCAGUGCGGUGGUGGUGCAGUUCCCGCGCUGCCGUUGGUAUGCCAGGGUUGGGGCGGGCGUUGUUCUACCAGAGCGGGAACACGCGACUUCGGCGGUGCUUUGGGGUGGGGCGUGACCUCGGGCCGUUCCGCUGCACGCGCAGACUCGGCACUGUCCCUCUGUGUCUCGCAGGGCACAGUGGAGUGGUUGGAGCGUGCUCCUGCUGA